AUGAGCACUACCAAGCAAAUGUCGCUGUUCUUGAUGACCCUUUUCUUUUCUCUUCAAUACUCCUCGGUCUUUUCCUUUGAAUACGAAAUUGGUGGUAAAGAAGGCUGGGUUGUCCCUCCUGCCAAUGAUACCAGAAUCUACAAUGACUGGGCCUCCGAGAACCGCUUCCAAGUUGGUGAUACAGUUCGUUUCAAGUAUAGGAAGGAUUCUGUCAUGGAGGUCAGUGUAGAGGAUUACAAGAAGUGCAACUCUAGUCACCCCAACUUCUUUUCCAACACUGGUAACACUGUUUACCAUCUUAACCAUACAGGGCCUUACUACUUCAUAAGUGGGGUUUCCGGACACUGUGAGAAGGGACAAAGGAUGAUCAUUAAGGUUAUUUCAACUGAUCAAGAGACUAAUUCUGGUGGCAAAAAAUCUGCUGCUUCUCCUUCUGCAGUGCUGUCUUUUGGUUUCUGCAAAGUGCUCUUGCUUCAACUUGUAAUGUCAUAUGUUGCUUCAGGUGUCUUCUACUAUGAAUCAGCUUCUUUGUCUGUUUAA